AUGGCCGCCCGGAGGCUCCGCUGCCCCAGACGCAGUCUGCGUGAGACGCGGCGGCGGCGGCGGGGACCCCCGCCCCUGCGGUCAGCGCCCGGCCGGGCAGGGGGCCCCGGGGAGCGGGCGCGGGCGGAGGAGGCGGAGGCGCGGAGCGCCGGCGGCCCCACGCCCCGCCCCCAGCCCCGGCCUCGGCCUCCCGCCCCCCGCCGGACGCGCCCCGGCCGGCCGGUCCGCCGCGUCUGCGCGCCCCUCCCUCGGCGGCGUCCCACGCCCCCUUCCGGCCAGAGCGCGCGGGGCGGGCGUGGUGUGGAGCCCGCGGCCCCCGCCCAGGACCCCAGGGCGAGGACACCUGGAUUCCAGGAUUCAACAAGUGGAUUCUUCAAAAACUUUCAAAGAUUUAUUUACAAGCUCCUCCAUGCCCAUCUCAGAACAAACACAAUCUGCAUUCAGAACAGGACCGUUUGCAAGUUGAAUGGAGUUAUUUUGGUAUCAUUAUCCCUUCCAAAGUGCAUACAAGAAGAGCAGGAGCUCUCAGAGGAAGAGGAUGUGAAGCCACCAAUGAGAUACGACUCACUGCUCUUGGUGUAAUCCCCAAGGACCAGAAGCUCUACUUUAAACCAUGAGAGUGAGUCUUCUUGGACAUCCAACCCAACUGAGCCUUCAGAUGUCUACAGUCCUGACCAACCUUUGAUGACAGCUUCAUAAGAGACUCCAGGGCUAUAUCAAAUACAUCUGGAAAUCUCAUUGGCUCCACCUUCAAAAUAUAUUCAGAAAUCAGGAAGUUCUCCAGGAAGGAUUGUGAGACCAACCAUAAAGUUGAAUCCACAUUAAAAAAUGAAGGGCGCUG